GUGGGGGCUGGCAGCUCAGAGUUUAGAAAGAGAGUGAAGAAGCCAGGAGGAUUCAUGGAAAUUUACAGUAUAAAUAAAGAAAAGGGGUAAUUAGGUGGGGAAUUUACGUAGUAUAUUAAUGUUGAAGAACGACGACCAUCUUCAACGUUGAAAUUUUUUCCCCUUUUCAUAGAUUUUGAGAGAAAAAAUCAUGUCUGAGAUUGUAAACGAAACUUGGAAGAAGUAUUUGGUAGCACUGCAGGUUCAUCCUUUGAGAACCAAGGCAAUCACGGCUGGAGUCUUGAUUGGGACUAGUGAUUUAGUUGCUCAGAAGAUUUCUGGGGUGAAAAAGCUUCAAUUGAGAAGAAUACUUCUUUUGAUGCUAUAUGGCUUUGCAUAUUCUGGACCAUUUGGCCACUUUUUGCACAAAUUGAUGGAUCUCAUAUUCAAAGGAAAGAAGGGCAACAAAACUGUUGCUAAAAAGGUUCUGUUGGAACAAUUGACUUCCUCUCCUUGGAACAACUUCUUGUUCAUGAUGUACUAUGGAUUGGUAGUUGAAGGACGACCAUGGGGUCUAGUCCGAAAUAAAAUCAGGAAUGACUACCCCUCGGUACAGUUGACUGCAUGGAAGUUUUGGCCAAUAGUCGGAUGGAUCAACUACCAGUAUAUGCCGUUGCAGUUUCGUGUUUUGUUCCACAGCUUUAUGGCCUCGUGCUGGGCCAUCUUUCUCAAUCUGAAAGCUAGAUCGGUCGCUGCCAAAAAGGCUUAAAAUUCUUAAAUUUUGGUGCGAUCCUCUGGUCUCGAGCUGGUCUUACCAUAGUAGCAGAUUGCUUAGUCUCAAGCGUAUGUUUUUGGAGUGCAAGUAGCAUUUUAUUAUAUCAUACAGCAACUAGAACUUUGGAGUCAACCUGGGAGGAUGUGGUUAUAAAAGUUUCCUCUUUCCCUUGUAAAAGUUAUUUUUGUUUUUCUCGUGUUGCUAAAGAACUUUUCUCAUUUUUUGAGAAAAAACGAUUGUGGAUCUAUUUGGUAUGGCUAUUGUGUCUAGAACUUUUAUUAUUAAAAUU